AGCCAAUCUCCCAGGUCGACUCCUCGCCCCGAAAAAAAAAGCCGCCUCCAUGCGUGCCCGUAACCGACCUCACGACUCGAUUCUAACCUAGUCCACGAGAAGUAGAAGAAAAAGCCAAAGAACAAAGAACAAAAUAAAGAAAGGGAGAGGAACAGACAAAAACAGAGAAUAGUCGACCAGCGUGCGCCAUGUACCUCCCCCGCGCCCUCCUGUCCAAACUGUACCUCAACCUCCUCAACACGCGCCACCCGCUCUCGCCGCCCGUGCUCAUCCUCGUGGCCCUCGAGCCCGACGCGCUCUGCGCCUGCCGCAUCCUCACGCGCCUCUUCAAGCAUGACUACAUCCCGCACAAGAUCCAGCCCGUGGCGGGCUAUGCCGACCUCGAGCGCGUCGGCCGCGAGCUGGUGGCGCCCAUGAUGGACUCGCGCGGCGGCGCCGGCGGCGUCGUCGUCUGCCUCGGCGUCGGCGGCAUGGCGGACCUGGGCACCGUCCUGGGGCUGGAGAGCGAGGAGGAGGACGACGGGACCCCCGCGUUCGGCGGGGUCGAGGUGUGGGUUGUCGACUCGCACCGGCCCUGGAACCUGAACAACGUCUUUGGCGGCUUCCCGCUCGAGCCGGAGACGGAGGAGGCCACCAGCUACGCGGCGAGAACGCCGGCCGGUGUGAGGGCGGGCUGCAUCGAGCGGGCAUACCGGCCCGGGAAGGGGGGCAUCGUGGUGUUCGACGACGGGGAUAUCGAGGACGAACUGGGCAAGGAGAGAGAGGCGUACCUGGCGCUCGUGGAUAUGCCCGAGGUGGAGGACGACGGGGAGGACCUUGGGGAUAGCGACGAAGACGAAGAUGACGAUAAUAAUGACGAGAGCGACGUUGAGGAGCCACCAGUCCUUGCCGAGAAGGUGUCACGAGCUGGCAAGAAGCGAAAGUCGUGGGAUUUCCUGGAGGAGGAUAGCGAGGAGGAUGACGACAGGCCUAGGCAAAGGCGACGGAGUAACUCGUCCACUCCCAUCCCAGACUCGCCCCGGCGUCCGGCGCAGCGCGGGCUCAUGUCCCUGCGAGACGAAGCCGUGUUCUCGAGCGAUGCCCUGGAGCCCCCACCUGCCGCUCAGCCAUCGCAAGCGCCGUCGGCGCGCACGCUGAGGCGAAGGCUUCUCCGUCUGCGGCGCAAGAACGAAGCCAUCCUGCGAGAAUACUAUCAACUUGGCACCUCCUACUCGGAACCGGUGUCUUCCAUGAUGUAUUCUCUCGCCUCGGAGCUCGGCCGCGAAGACAACGACCUGCUCUGGAUGGCCAUCGUCGGCGUGACCUCCAUGGAGCUGUACGGGCGCUCCUCCGCCGGCAUCGCCGUGCCCGUACGCGGUUCCGAGGCCCGCCCCGCCUCGGGCUGGAUGGGACUGCGGGGCGCGAGGAUACGACAGCUUCUGCGGGAUGAAGUACGACGGCUGAAUCCUCCAGAGGUCGGCAACGGGCGGGUCCUACCCGAAAACACGGGCAUCAUACCAACCACAGCUCGCAGCCCCGAAGACACGAGCAUCCGUCUGUCGCCCGAGCCCAAGUUCCUGCUCAUCCGGCACUGGAGCCUCUACGACAGCAUGCUGCACUCCCCCUACCUCUUCUCUCGCCUCAAGACGUGGAGCGAAACAGGUCUCAAGCGGCUGCACAAGCUCCUGGCCAAGAUGGGCGUCAGUCUGGUCCAGUGCAAGCAGAGCUACGCGCACAUGGAUAUGAUGCUCAAGCGCGAGCUCCGCACCAAGCUCCUCAAGUACGCCUCCCUCUACAACCUCGACGAGUUGGUCCCCACCAUCGAUACGGACGGCAAAGACCGGGGCGGCGCCAAAGACGGUUGGGGGUUCGUCCGCAGCUGGGGCUGGCGCGCCACCCUCAGCGCGCAAGACGUGGGCGUCGUCAUCGGCGCGCUCCUCGAGGUCGGCAAGAACACCACCGCCUCGCUCUCAUCAUCAUCAUCGUCGUCAUCAUCCUCCUCCUCCUCCGACCCCAACUCCAGCGCCGCGCCGUCCCAGGACCUCUCGGCAGCGGCAUCCGAGCCCGCCAGCGCGGAAUGGAUCCCCCGCUUCUGGGAUGCCUACGACGCGCUGGAGGACAUCGAGGCGCUCAAGGCGGGCCUGCCGACGGCGCAGUUCCUGCACAAGGCCAUCUUCACCACGGGCACGACGGUGCUCAAAAAGAAGCAAAUCUCGCACCUGCGGGCGUUCCGCAUGUGCGUCGUCAAGGACUCGCCCGACGCGGCGCUGUUCAACCACCCGGGCGCGCUGACCAAGCUGGCGCUGUGGAUCGGCGAGGCGCUAGCCGAGCAGGAGCGGGAGGCGUCGGGCGGCCGGCUGGCGCACGGCGGGCGCGGCACCCCCCUGGUGGUGGCCAGCCUGGACGAGAAGCGGGGCGUCUACGUCGUGGUCGGCACCGGCGGCGGCGGCGGGCCGGACACGGCGUUUCGGGACCGAGAGGCGGCGCGGAGGAGGGCGGCCGCGAGGGAGGAGAAGGCCAGGGCCAGGGAGGAGGCGAGGAAGGUCAAGGAGAAGCUGAGGGAAGAGAAGAGGGCCGCCAGGAGGAGGUUGAGAGACGAGGCCGGGAAGCGGGGGGGAGGCGAGGGCGAGGGCGAAGAUGCGGAGGAGGAGGACGAGGACGAGGACGAGACGGAAAGCGAGGAGAGCGAGGAGGAUGACGACGAUGACGAGAGUGACUUAGAGGAAGAGAACGCUACGCGCGGGCGGGGAUACGGCUUGAAUCGGUUCGGGACGGCCUUCCAGGAAGUGGUUGCGGAGACGAACGCACGGGUCAGGAUCGACAGCUUUGAGCACUGCGUGGUCGAGGUCAAGAAGGAGGACCUGGGGGGGUUCUUGGAAAGCCUGAGCAUGAAAGCUGUUGUUGGGUGAUGGUUGUCUUGUUUGCGGUAGGCAGGCAGGGAGGCAGGCAGGCAGGCAGGCGGCGCGUGUGAAUU